AUGUUCCGCGCACAGCAGAACGCCUUCGAUGACGCAGUCGGUACGAUGUCCCAGCUACUCUCCCGCCAUGCAAUUUCCAAGGCGACUGACGAGAAUCUGACAUCGGAGAACUGGGAAUAUAUUCUUGAUGUGUGCGACAAAGUUGCGGCAGAGGAUUCCGGUGCGAAAGAUGCCGUUGCCGCCUUGAUCAAGAGACUUGCGCAUAGAAACGCCAAUGUGCAACUGUAUACUUUGGAGCUGGGCAAUGCUUUGGCACAGAACUGCGGCCCGAAGAUACACCGCGAACUGGCUUCGCGAAGCUUCACGGAUGCCCUGCUCCGCCUUGCUAGUGACCGAAACACCCACCAGCAGGUCAAAGCAAAGAUUCUAGAGCGUAUGCAAGAGUGGACAGAGAUGUUUGCUAGUAACCCAGACUUCGGCAUCAUGGAGCAAGCCUACAUGAAGCUAAAGACACAAAACCCGAACCUGCAGCCCCCUUCAAAGCCUGUGAAGACAGAGAUAACCGAAGCGGAUCGUCAGAAAGAAGAGGAGGAGUUGCAGAUGGCGCUGGCCCUCUCGAUCAGAGAAAAGAAUCCUGUGGCGUCUGAACCGCAGCCGGAAUCGAGUACUUCUAAUGCUGCCCCUGCCAGCCAGACACAAGCCCCAGCACAUCAGGCGGUUCCUUCUGGUACUUCCGCUGCCACUGUCUCGCGAGUUAGGGCGCUCUAUGACUUCCAGCCUUCAGAACCCGGCGAACUACAAUUCCGCAGAGGCGAUGUCAUUGCAGUGCUCGAGUCAGUGUAUAAGGAUUGGUGGAAGGGCUCUCUAAGAGGGCAAACUGGCAUUUUCCCCCUCAAUUAUGUUGAAAAGCUUCCAGACCCUACAGUUGAAGAAUUACAGCGGGAAGCUCAUAUGGAAGGCGAGGUGUUCGGCCAGAUCAAGAACGUUGAGAAGUUGUUGACACUCCUCAGCACGCGUAGUACCGAACCAAACGUUCAGGAUAAUGAGGAAAUCACAGCUCUGUAUCACUCCACUUUGGCAAUUCGACCUAAGUUGAUUGAGCUCAUCGGCAAAUAUUCUCAGAAAAAAGAUGAGUUCACCCAACUCAAUGAGAAGUUCAUUAAAGCGAGACGGGACUAUGAAUCUCUUCUGGAGGCAUCCAUGUCCCACCCCGCCCAGCCUCCGUAUGGCAGGCCUGGUCCAUCUCAGUAUGGAUAUCCCGGACCUGCGGCAUCCAUGGGCUAUCCCCAGGGCCCUCCGCAAUCUGAUCCCCAAAGAUAUUUCAGCCCUCGGCCUCAAGAAACCCAAUCACACCAGCCCAAUACAUCCCCUUACUACGGUGCAGAUCAAGCGCCUAUGCACCCUCCAACGUCUCAGUCUCCCGAUCCACGCAACCGCACACCCCCAACGGGUGCAUCCUAUCAGCCCGUGCAUCACCGACCAGAAUCAACAUAUGAACACCCGCAAGAGCUAGGAACAUCUGUUUAUGAUUCCCCUGUUGAGCAUCCUUCCGCAAGCCAACGACUUCCAUAUCCGGCUAGCGGACAAGCCCCGCCGGCUGUCCAGCCACCCUUCCAGCAGCAGCAGCAACAACAACAACAACAGCAACAGCAGCAGCAGCAACAACAGCAACAACAGGAAUACCCACCUUAUGCCCAUGAAGAUGCAGCUAAGCCACAACCCCCGUACCCUACAGGCCCAGCUUCCAAUCAACAACCACCUAUGCAUCAACCUCCCCCUGUCCCGGGCACAACGUCAACACCGACACCUUACCCUUCUUUAACGCCCGGAGCAGGAGGCUAUCAGGCGUACAAUCCAUCCCAAGGAACGGCACCUAGCUCCAACCCAGCUUCAUUCUAUCGUUAA